AUGGAUCAGAAAACAGCCCUGCAGAGGUUCCAACACGGAGCCUUCCUCAUCAUUGCGGGAGUACCCCCAAAGACAGAGUUUGGAAUUGAUUGUAGUAAGUUUGUUGUGGCAGAAAAGUUUCGAGGGGUGAAGAUGAUUCCUCCAGGACCACAUUUUGUGUACUGCGCCUCUGUGGGGCCCUUUGGUGAUGCUGCUCCUCGUGUAGGAUUCAUCCACUACUUCAGGGAGAGGGAGAUUGUCAUAAGAGAAUGGGAUCCGGAGACGGAGGAACUCAGAGUCCGUACGAAGGGCGAUCCGGAAGUAGAGAAGCAAUUUAUUCAGGAGAACAUUCUUCAAUUUGAUGAACUUCUGGCGCCCUAUGAUUACGAUAGCCUGUCCAAGUGGCAAAAUCUCACCACAUAUAUCACACAGGAGACUGUGGAGAGCCUCUCACCAGCAUGUGGAGUGAUCAGGACAUGUGCGGAUCUACUAUCUUGUUCAGACGAUGAUAGACCCAGAGGAGGAGGCACUUGUGGACAAGCAGCUAGCCCCAAAAGCACAAAGAUUAAUCUGCUUUUCGAUGAAGACCACCUCCUGCCACAAUUGAAACCAAUUCCUGGAACUGUGCCCAAUUUCACGGAGCUUCCUCCGCGCUUCAUGAAGGAAGCAACUCCAUCUGAGAUCACAAACAGCUUUAUGGACUCAAUUGUGGCGCUAGACAAGCUGAUUGAAUGCUUCUCCAGUCAAACGACGCUUCUGUCUGAAGUGCAGUUUGCCUUUGCCCUCUUUGUUGCCGGAUGCUCAACAGACGGAUUGGCUCAUUGGCGGAAGAUUUUGGCUAUUGCAUCGAAUACGGAAAAAGGCGUGCAAAAGUACAGAAAUUUCUACAGACGAUUCCUUCUGUGUGUACAAUAUCAAUUACCUCAUUUGCCGCUGGAAGUGAUGCAACCAUCGCCAGAGAAUUCAGUGUAUCAGGAUGUUCGAAAGCUCGUCGCCAAUUGCAUACUCGGAAAUAUUCAAGGGGAUGUGGAGAAUUUCAAAAACUACCUGAGCGAAACGAUGCUGUGGACUUUCGAGGAUGUAUUUGAGGACGAUCCUGAAGACCUGCCUGUUGUUGUAGAGUGUCCCUAAUUUUCUGUAAUUCCGCGAGAGAUGGAGCAAAAAUAAAGCUUUUCAUUGUAAAAAAAAAA